GAGCUGCUGGAAUUUGAUCUCAGCCAGAUUCCCCUUCAGCUAGAACUCAACAAAAAGUCCGAGGUUCAUUAUCCUGUGGUCAACCGAGAGCUAGCAAAACACUGGCUAGCUAAUCCCAUCAAGCGCACUGAAGUCGCUGGCGGAAGCCUCAACGAGACCAAAGCACACUGGCUUAUCGUUUUCGACAAUGCGGAUGACAUUAACGUGCUACUACCACUGAAGCAAGUCUAUGGAAAAGGUUCAAUUCUGGUCACAAGUCGAGAUGUGAACGCAAAAACCAUUUUCGAUUCUCAUUCGAUUGGUCGUGACGUGGCACCUUUUACAGACACCGAAGGAGGAGAGUGCCUAAUUAAGAUGGGAGCCAGAGGUUCCGAAGAACAGGCCUGUGAGAUUUCACGAACACUAGGCGGACUUCCUCUCGCCAUUGCGCAGAUUGCGGGUGUGAUUCGUCAGCAAUACCUUGAGAUGGACGACUUUCUGGACCUGUAUCUCAAUGAUAACGAACGUCAUGGGUUGCUGGAAGAAUCAUCCGACUCACAGCGCGAGACCGCGAGGGGCACCAUAAAAUCUAUAUGGUGGAGAAGUGAGCUCAAAGACAGUACGGUGGUUCUUCUGGAUCUCAUCUCGUUCCUUGACCCAGGCGGAGUGGAAGAACAGCUCUUUUUGAAUUCGCCAAAGGACAUCAUGACUCUUCCACUAUACCCGGAAACGAAACUUGCCUACUUUCAGGCCAGAGCAGAACUACUUCGCUCCGCACUCGUGAAUAGGCGCAAGCUCGAUGACGAAGGACAUAUGCUUUCUGUUCAUCGCUUGCUGCGCGAAACCAUCAGAUCACGGAUGUCGGUCGAGCGCCAAAAGCAAAUCUGCUCAGCUGCGGUCGCAAUGGUGUACAAUUCGUGGCCUGAGGUGACACCAGAGACACUGCAUAAGAUAGCCCUUUGGGGUAAGCGUGCCAGGCUCUAUCCGCACGUCAUUGCUUUCAAGAAUCACUACGAGGGAGCGCAUGGGGAGAAUGGCAAGGUCAAUGCCGACCCCAAAUUAGCCGAAUUAUUGCGUCAGGCAGGAUGGUGGCAGUACGAGAGCGGCCACCCUCACUUUGCCAAGCCAUUCCUCGAUGCCGCAUUGACUAUAGCGACGCACCUCGAUCGUGCGACUGACGGUGUACUUACGCUUCUUUGUGACAUUAGCUUUGCUCUAGCUGCCACCAGUAAUGCAAUGAAUGAUCAAGAGGCAUGUGCUACUCACAGUCAGAUGUUCCUCAAAAUGAAAAAAGAGGCAUGUCAAGCCAGCGAUGAGCCAGACAUUGGACUGGCGCUAGCAUACAACGAGUGCGGCAUUGGGCACAUGAUGCAAGGCUCUGUCGAACAAGCAGAGAAGUUGUUCAACAAGUCGAUAAAGACCUAUAGAAGUCUCACGAAUUUCCAGGAUCAUAUGGCCUCGUUUCCUGUAGUGAAUCUCGGGCUACUAUACUGGCUGGGCAAUCGACUGGAUGAGGCCUACGAAAUGUUGCUAUCAGGUUUGCGAGCCCGAGAAGAUAAAUUCGGCUACAUGGACACCGAGUCGUUCGAGUAAGCAUAGCGGAGAAACGACCUCGGGCGAAGCUGACAAUGUAUCAAGAACAGGUAGAUUCUUGCACGCGUUGGGAAACGUGCAAUUCGACAGACGUCAGCGACUGGAGAGCGAGUCAUACCAUAGAAGGGCUCUUCAACAGUACCAAUCAACUAUUGGGCUGAAGCAUCAUCGGACUGCUGAUGUUUGCCACAAGGUGGCGCAACAUUGCGUACGCAGAGAAGACCACAUUUCU